UGACGUAUAGUCAGAUGGCACAGAGCAAAUCGCCUUUAAGCCAAAGACUUGCAGGCUCGCACUCGCAACAGAGGCAAAUUCUCAGAAGCCGGAGAAACCCUUGAACAUGAUUAUGCGCACUGAGGCGCACUGAGGCAUUCCGCCUUCUGGAUAUUCUUCAUUUAAUCACGAAGGGACGCGGGAUUGUAUUAUUUAUGAAUUACGUUGAUCUUCUGCUGGAUCGUUUUAUGACAGUACAAUUACAAGAAUACACAUCAAGGCCAUCUAAGGGAGGCCGUUUUUGUAAAGUUUAACGGUGAUAUCGAGGAUUCCUUGACUCGGGAGGUUUUAUGCUGUGUGCAAUGCAGUGCUUUGUGGUCUUCACACUCGCUAGUGUUGCUGUCAGCAUUGCCGCCCACGAGGCCCACAGCAGAGGAGAUGCGAUGCAGACAACCAGAAAACCUCAGAUCUACUACUGCCGCUCAUCUAACAUGGAGACGUUUACAUGCUGGUGGCACCCACUUGAAGAUGCUUCUUAUGGCAGUGAGAAGAUCAACUACACUUUCACAUACACUAUUGGCAAUGAGCACGUGCCUAGGGAAUGUCCAGAUUACGUGACAGGUGGAGCCCAAAGCUGUUUUUUUGACAUGGCUCACACACGUGUCUGGGAGGUCUACUGCAUGAAUGUCACCGCCAGAACCAGCAGAGGCGUCUUCACCUCAGCAGAACACUGCAUUGACGUGGCAGACAUAGUGGAAAUAGACCCACCAUUCAACCUGACAUACAUGUUGAUGAACAGCAGUGAAGGAGAAUCUAGCCGCACAGCGCUGGUCUCGUGGUCUUACCCCAUCCCGUCACUGGUGCACAUUGGCUGGAUCACCCUGAUCUACGAGCUGCGCUUUUGGUCAAUAGCAGAUCCAGACAACUGGAAGGACAAAGGCGAUCUGCGGGAGCCCCAGCUGACCCUCCUGGACCUGCCAGCAGGCAACUAUGAGGUGAUGGUACGCUGCAAGUCAAAGAACAACAAGAUCUGGAGCCAAUGGAGCUCUGUGCUCAGUAUCAAUGUGCCAUCUAGAAGAGCAGGAGAUCGCUUGCUUGCACUCAUUUUAAUCACAGGAGUUGGGGUGAUGGCCGUUUUCAUCAUUGGCUUUGGAAUAAUUCCUCAAAGUAAAAGGAUUAAAUCGCUUCUUCUGCCGCCCAUACCCAAGCCACGCAUACGAGGCCUCGACCCUUUACUUCUGAAGAAGGGGAAAAUGGACGAGAUCAACCGCCACUUCUCCUCGUUUUCCGGCUACAAGUCUCCUGAGUACCGCGAGGAGACCUGGUACCAGGUCUACACGGACGAAGGCUUACCUCAUCAUAACCGCCACCUCCAGCCAGCGCCUGCUAACGAGGCGGUCGCCCCUGCCAUCACAGAGCAGCGCGCAUACUCCCCUAGUCAGCCCAUAAUGGCAGCCAGUGAUGGAUCGCGUCAUUGCCUUGAUCCAUCCCCUUAUAUUGAGAGCCUAAACCCCCAGGUCAGAGAGGCCAUGGACGACCCUGUGUUCCCUCAGGCCGGUGUCCCAAACCCGUGGGCCGCCCAUUUCGGUUUGUCACACCCUCAAGUGUCCGGGCCAAACCCGAAUUACUGCUUGAUCAUGAACUCGGACCCCCACGGCACUACCGCAAUGCCCCUGCCAGCGGGGACGCCCCUCCAGGACUUCUACACGUGCGUGAGUGUGAUUGGCCCCAGUGGAGCAGUGCACCUGGCGCCGUGUUUCCCGGAGGUGGUGGCCAAGAAUGCCGGCGCCCAGCACAACACCAACAACACACUACACGGGGAGGGUGGCGGCGAGAAAAGCAGCCAAUAUGUUACGCACUCGUUAAAAAAGGUAGAGGAGGAGCUGGAUGGGGAAAGUGCCUGUUUGAUACAGGGAGAAUCGAGACACACGCAGGUGGCCAAAUAGAAAAACACAAAACACACAAAGAAGAACAAAACACAAAACAAAACAAAAUAAAACACUCCCUAAAAAAAACAACAAAAACAACAGUGAACAGUGAGUUCCUAUACGUAUUUUACACCCUAGCACCUAUGUACUGUAUAUUGUACAGUAUGUACCUACAUAACUAAAAAUAUACAUUUCCAAGAACUCAGGAUUAUACAGUGAGAGUAGUAAUGGGACACGCAGAAGAGAGUGCCAUUCUGUAGACUGGCUUCAUUACGGCUAAAGGAAACACUGUGACAUAGUGCAGAAUGUGUCUGCCCUACCCUAUUAUAUAUUACAUUUACAGUCUGGUAAGCUAGACCAGAUGUGAUUCCAAUUCCAGCCAAAUUUUCCUGUGUUUCAUUAAUAAUUUAUUAAAGAUUAGGUCGUAAUCAUCAAAGAUAAAGAGCACAGAUUUGUUAAUACAGAUAACUAUAUGCUUGUCUUUAAAAGUAAACAUGAGGUUUUCUCCGCUAAGUUAACUACAGGGUUUUCUAUAAGUAAUCUAAUUACUUAACUGCAAAUUUUGGUCUAUACCGUACACGUUGGCAGAGCAGUUCCAAAAGAAAUCUGCUUGGACUCCAAACACACUGUGAACAUAAUUUAAUGUGGUAUGAUUGUGAAAUUACAGAUAGAAUGUUUCCCUUAAUGAAAACACAUUUUCCACUUUAACUGUACAACGCUUUAACUUUGUUACAUUUCAACAUCUCAAUGGGAGAUGUAAAUUGAUAUACAUAGUUUUAUUUCCAUUCUCAUUUUAUCAUUAUAAUCAGAAAGUACAAUAUGUCACACUCAUACUUCCAUUCCGUCACUUAAAAGACACCUCUCUCUCUCCUCCUGUUCAUGAUGUGAUAUUUGCAGUACUUCAACGCUGAGUCUCAGCCUAGUCACUACUAGUGCCCUUAUGCAAAUGUUUCUUUUUUUUUGACUACUUUCUUUAUUUUCUUUGAUAAUCUUUAGGCUGCACACUCCAACACACAACGGUACACCAAAUCGUAAGCUUUAUUAUGUCCCAACGUGUCGAGGACAUGAAGGAAAACUAUGAAUCAUCAAGUGCAUUAUUUAAAAAGUGAGUGCCACUUCCUCAGUGAAUGUAAAUAGGAAAUGAAAAACGUGUAGCUCUUCAAAGGCAAUGCUACAUAGUGGGCGAAUUGACAUUUAAUAAAAGUGCAAUCGUUCGUUUGUCAGGAAUUCAAAAUUUAUUAGGGUAUUUUUUUCUAUGUAAAAAACGAACCGGUGGUAACUUAUAUAGAAUAAAGUUGUCGGCUCAUGUUCUGUACAACACAUGCAUGUGUUUAGAGCUAGACGUUCCCCUUCCAUUGUGAGAUAGACAUGAGAAACGUCAUGGCAUGACUGCGGUCAGACAUGAGAAAAACCUCCUAGUUUCCCACCAGGAAUUGCAUCCCCGAAAACAAACAUAUACUGUUGUAAUGAUAGGCUUUGUCUCCACCUAUAGUGGAAGGAAUAAGUAAGUACUUAGAUUGGAUAGCAUAACGUUUAUUAGUACCCAAAGUUAGAUUUGAUUAGUAUAUCCUAAGGAUGGAAAAGUAAGGAUGUGGUUUUGAUAGUACAUCCUUUUGAGUGUAAAUUGGUCAUAAUAAAUAUGGUCUGAUCUUCACUAGAAUCACAAGGAGCAAUACCACCCAAACAAUUGCACAUUAUCAUAUUUUUAUUGGCCAUAAGAUGUACGGUAAACAAUCAUAGAGCAACAAGGAAUAAUUACGUACAUCCUUGCAUUUGAUAGGUGGCUGACCCUUCUUUUGCUGCAAUAACCCAGGCAUUUCCUGUAGUUGCAGAUCAGAUGGGCAAAACAAUCUACAAAACUGCCACACUUCAGCAUGGUUCUUGGGAUGUCUGGAGUGAAUAGGUUUCUUGAAAUUAUGCCAUACUGUAUAUCAAUUGGAGUUUAUGUCAGAACUUUGACUGGGCUAUUCCAACAUGUGAAUUGUAUUGUUCUGAAACCAUUCUGAAGUUGUUUUGCUUCUAACAUAUGGGUUGUUGUCUUGCGUCAGCGCUCAUCUGCUUUUUCGCUUCAACUGUGUGACAAACUACCUCAGGCUUUUCUGUAAAAUGGCUCAAUAAUCUUUUGCAUUCAUUGUUUCACUGAUGAUAUGUAACGGAGGCCAACUAGCAGAGUGUGGUGUGGAGCAUUAUCGGCUAUCGGACCGGCCCUUUAGCUCAGCGCGCUUGUAGUGCCUCCCAUUGCCGAACCAAUGUAGUUGACGAGGUGGCAGGUUUGUGGCCCUGAGGGGGACCAGCUGUGCAGGAACACCUCUGUCACAGAUAGCAAACUGUCAAGGGCCCAAGCUAGCUACCCCCAUAUGAUGAUACUACCAACACCCUACUUAAAGGUUAGGAUGUGGUUUUGGCAUGGGUGACGCGAGGGGGGGAAAGGUGUUACAGAUUCCAAGGGCCCAACAGCACUGACAGGGCCCCUGGAGGAUGCUGAUAACAUAAUUUGUCAUUUUAGGGGCCCAAAAUUUGAUUUUUUUCAUGGGGCCCAAAAUGUUUAGCAGCACCCCUGGGUUUUGGUGAAGGUGAAGUACUCCUAUUUUUACAAGACUGUGUUUCUAUAGAAUAUUUUAACAGGAACUCUGUGAAGCACAUGUUGUGCGUGAGGUAUAUUUUCAUAUGCAGCUAUAUUUUCUGGGCAACAAUGGCUUCCUCUGUGGCAUUGGCCCAUGUAUCCCAUAUUUGCUUAUUGUUGUCGGUUUGUAGAUACUGUAGUGUUAUGUCAGCAGAGAUGAUGGCAUGUUCCAGUGAUUUCUGUAAGUCUUCAGCCUCACCAUCUAGGAGCAUUUGAACUUCACUGAGGACACCAUGCUAUGCCCUUGGAGUAUUUUUUUCAGGGCUAUCACCACUGGGGACAGAAACAACACUGCUCAACUGUGUUUCUUUGUAGACACUCUCUCUAACCCAGCAUUUAUGACUGACAAGACUUCCAGAGAUGGUUUUCUAACCGUUUAGAGCUUUAUACAAAUUAAUAACUCUUGAUCAUAGGUGUUAAGAGAAGUUGAGGCAUGGUUCACGUCAAACAGCUCCUGUCCAUCAACUUCAAGACAUAAUUCUUAACUGGUUUGUGUUUUCCACCGGACAGGGCAGUUUUAAGCGACAUCUGAUCGGUUGAAUUUGAAAUCCCUCAAAUUGUGUGUCUUGUUUGUAUAGACUUCUCUAAUUAGCUUUUGAAGGAUCCUUAGCCAAAGGUGUACUUAUUCCUUCCUCGUUUCAGAAUGUUUGUAGCUUAUGGUCAGUAAAAAUAUGAUCGCAUGUAAUUGUUAGACUGGGAUAUGUUAAAUCAGGCACUGUUCCUGCUUGUGUUUUCCAGAAAGGUCAGACCAUUUCUUAUGACCAAUUUCGACCAAAAUGAAACAAAUUUCAAAGGGUGCCCAAACUUUUUUUCCUCCCACUGUAAAUAAUGGGGAGUAAAUGACGUACAAGUACAUUUAAUUUAGAGAAAGUCUUUGAAGCAUUGAAAUGAGAAAAAGAAAUAAGCUCCGCUUUAGCGUUCAAAUAUCUAAACCAGCCUCACCUGCCAGGAAACAAAGAAGGGGGCAUGGUUUGUUAGGAUUACAAGUAUAACUUACUUUCUAUCACCAUUUUGUAAAUUCCAUCAGUAUGCUAUUUGUUUCUUAAAGCUGCAGUCCUCAAGGUUUCAUUGUCACAUUUCCUUGAACUCUUAUGAGAUUUUGAAGUACCUGGAAAAGGCUAUUAUGGAAAAACUUAAUUCCCUUGCUCCCUCCAAAGCCUUUUAGCGUGUCUGCAAAAAUUGCUGCGCUCAGUCAAUGAGGGGUCGCUAGUUAUUUCUUCUCAACAGUUAUGUUUCAGAUGUUUCAAAAACCACUGUCUAGAUUUAUCCUUAGCACUUGGUAGACAGCAGACACUGUGAAAAAAAUAAGUUGCGCUCAUGUGCACAACAUUGACUACAGAUGGGGGAAGGUUUUGGAGGAGUUACAGGUUUGGGAAGGGAAUGACUGUUAGUUCUACUCAAUUCUGCUUCCAGUCUAAAAUAAAGGACAAGACAAACAUUGCAGACUACAGCUUUAAAGGCUCUUUAUGUUGUGCUUGUGUCACUCUGUAGCUCCUACUCCUCAUCAGAGCCAUGGGAGCAGGAAUUAGGCCAAUCCCUUUGACCUCCAUGCUCCAUUUUUUACUUUAAGAUAGCGACUCAUGGAGUCUAUGACACACAGAUCGCCAUUGUCAUAGUUCCAAAAUAGUUCCAGAAAGUGAGUGUCAGAACACAGAACACAGUCGUAGUAAAGGCAAAUGUAAUUCAUUUUACUUCAUUUUUACGUCAUCUUUGCUUGUUAUGUCGUGGUUCUGUGUUACAGUAGUCUCUUGUGAACAGAAAGGCGCUGCCUAGAAUUAUUUGACGAUUACGUGAAUCAUGUCACCAACUGACUUCCUGUCCCAUUUGUCACAACUCUGAAUUCUAUGGCUCUGAUUCUAGUCAUUGUUAGUCAUUGCUCCUCACCAAUGGGGGCAGCAUGUAAUGAAAGGAUGAUUUAUGAGGUUAAAAUUCUAAAUAUGCCACCCAAGAUAAAGCAUUCUAUGCAUCGCCAAUGCAAAAAAGAGGGUUCAAUGCCGGGCUCGUAAAUGAGCAUGACCCAUGACGGCACAGCUGUCAUCGAACACUUAACACAGUAUCAACUAAUCAUGUUACCUCAAAAUACACGGAAGAAUGAAGAGGUGGAGCACACUCGGUUUCUUUGUAAUUCUUUUUUAAUUUUUUUACAUAGCAGCAGAAAAACAGAGAAGUGUUUUGGUGUAUUGGAACUACCUAAGAAAUACACACAAUUCCAUAAGCUCAUUUGCCACCUAAUUGAAGAGCUCCGUUGCAAAAUGACGAAUCUCGAACAUUUUGGAAAACUGACAUUUUUGUAUUUGACAUUGCAUUCCAUUGCAUUGCGAAAUGCAUUUUAUAUACGUUUUGAAAGUAUGUUCUCAAAAUAUUUGAAUGGCAAGAAUUCACACAUAAAUGAUAGGACGUAGUCACAAACGGUCAUUUCCAAUAGUAAAAUGCAAAAGUUUACGUUUACAUCAUUUUGCGACAUAACUCUUCAAUUCCUGUCCCAGGCACCUUGUAUUGUAAGCACCAGAAGUCUACAGUAACUUGAUCUUUGCAUGAAUUAGGCCUACAAUUCAAAAUUACACAAAUAUGUGAACAUACAGGUAGGGGCCCUUAAACACACACACACACACACACACACACACACACACACAGAGUUAUAAACAGGGUAUAAACAGAAAGUCUGGGUAUCAGGUAUCGCUGGAAAAAUAUGGACAGAUGUGUUGUGCUUUGCAAAUGCUGAGUGCUUUCACAAUCCGACUGUGUGGACAAGUCAUUUAAAACAUUGCUGUUGUUCUAAGAGAGAGAGAAAAACAAUAGUCGAUGACUAUGAAGUCAUUUUAAAACAUCUAAUCAUAAUGCAAAAUAACAUUUGGACUAUGGCACCCAGAUAGUGCACUUUCUCUCUUUCUUUCUUUCUUUCUUUCUUUCUUUCUUUCUUUCUUUCUUUCUUUCUUUCUUUCUUUCUUUCUUUCUUUCUUAAGUAAAUAGGCAAAUAUAAAAUGUUAAAUACAUGUACCGUAAACCAUAAAAAAUAUAUUAUAGAUAAGACAAUCAAGAAUGAUGUUUCAUGACAAAAAAACCAUACUCAGGGCAGGCAUGGCCAUAGCAACACUGUCGGAAUUAGCACUGUUUGUGACAAGGUGAUAUUGUGGUGUGUGUGAGUCUGAUAACAUUGUGCAGAGAGACGUUGGAGAACAUGUACACGUGUGUGUCAAGUGAAAUCUCUGUAUUCUCUGUCUUGAACCAUUUGAAAUGUGCGUCAGUGUAUAUUGAAUUUGUUUCGAUACAAACCUGAUAGCUGUCACCCUACGUAUUUAGUUUACCACAGCAUCUCAUGCCAUAUUGGUAUGUAGUCUACCUGUUUGUUUGUUUUUCUAGUUUCCAUAUAAUGUUAUAUUUGUCUGUCCAAUUGCUUUAUUUUCUGUGCCUUUGAAAUGCACUGCUCAUAUGUCUGAUUCACAAAUUCAGUUAUUCAGUUAUUAUGCAGUCACUACCAGCCAGUUAGUCUUGUUAAAAAAAAAGUAUCCUAUAUUUUUUAAAACAAAAUGAUGUGGUCAUUGGUAGCUAUGGUCCAAGUUUGGUCUUGUCUGUUUUUCACCCUCUGAUGGCACUUUACUAUGUGAUGAAAUAAAAUACUCUAGCUCAUC